AUGGACGACUUCAAUAGUGAUAUGUGGGAUACCCACAUUCAUUGCCUGGACCCCGUGCGUUAUCCCUUCAAACCAACCAGAUCAUACACGCCAGCACCAGCCCCUCUAGAGUCAUUGGUCAAGAAUUCAAUCGCCAAAAAUAUUGUGCUAGUUCAAGCCUCAGUUGAAGACGGUCAUUCUGCUCUGGUAAAUCAUCUCGGCCGUAUUCGCUCUGAAUAUCCGGACUUGCUUGCCCGCGGGAUCAUCUCUUUGGAUGAAGAGUUGAACAUGUUACCAAAGGAGGAACUAGACACUCUUCAUGAUCUUGGGAUUCGAUAUUGCCGCAUUCAUGGAUCCGUUGGUGGUAGUUCUACAGACACUGCAAGUCUACAGAGCCAAAUCAAGCGCUUUGCUUGUUCCUACGCUGCUCGAACCUUGGGCUGGGGGAUCUCUGCUCAGCUCCCCUUCGCAACUUGGCUUUCUCUGAGAUCCUUUUUAUGCGAGAAUCCAGAGGUGCUUUCUAUCCCAAUUAUCAUCGACCACGUUGGCUGUUUAUCCCCCGGAGAUAUAGAGGACCCUGGCUUCGAUGAUUUUAUCACAUUACUGCAACGUGACGGGGUACAUAUCAAGAUUUCUUCUCUCUACCGACGAGACAAAUCAAUAUUAAACAUGCAACCCAUCAUUCGAAGACUAGCUGCCAAUGUGCCCUCUGCCUUACUCUGGGGCAGUGACUGGCCCCAUGUCGAUAGUUCAUACCAAGGUGAAUUCCCACCGCCGGUAUCGGAAGUCGAUGCUAGGAAGGAACUUCUCGCCGUGAUAGGAUGGCUUUCAGCCGAACAAAUCUCGGCAAUGCUUGUCGAUAAUGCCAAGCGUGUCUUUGGUCCCUGA